UGGCAGCAGUUGUUCAUAUGUAAUGGGAGUCGAUGAGACAGUAUAAAAGAGCUCUGCAUUGAGGAACACUUCGGCAUUGAGGGGCAACGUUGAUUUAGGAUUAUUGGUAUUGUUUUUCGUUUGAUUGACAAUACGAAUCAUCCAACAAUGGCCCUCAGUCAAACCAGCGUGUUAAAGCUUUACAACACCGUGAUAGAGGAUGUUAUAUCAGGAGUGCGUGAGGCGUUUUUGGAUGAAGGAGUUGACGAACAAGUUUUGCAGGAACUCAAACAGAUAUGGGAGACAAAAUUGAUAUCAAGCAAAGCUGUCGAGUUAAAUCCAGAUCCCCCAGAACCUCAGCCACCUCAAGUUAUCCAUAAGACGGCCAACAUUAGUAAAGCUAAUUCAAAUGUAGGAAAUCACAUUGGACAGCAGUCUUCGACCGGAAACUCUUCUAUAACGCAACAAUCACAACAGCAGUCUCAACAACAGGCGCAUCCACAUAAUCGAGGGAUUCUGAAUCAACAAGCAAUUCAGCAGCCAGUACAGCAAGUUGCGACAGCUCCAAUUUCAGUGAUGGAGAGACAAGUGCCAAUACAAAUUACCUUACCUGCUCAAGCCGACACCCAACAGCGGGUAUUAUCUAUCCACGUUCCUGCUUCUGCGAUAGCGGGAAAUCAGUUGCAGCAGAUUUUAACCGGUCCUAUUAUCACAGCCGCGAUGGGCUUGCCACCUGAAUAUGCGACGACGCUUUUACAGCAACAUGUGAAUUCCACUUUACAGGGCCAAGCAGGAUUAACUGCCGUGCAAGUCAAUCAACCUCUUCAAGUCGUUUCGCAAUCUGCAAAUAAUCUCGCGAGCCAACGAACGGUUCAAAAUCAACAGGGAAAUAUAGCACAAAUGGAUGGCCCACUUGGGGAUUCAUCAGACGAUGAUGAAGAGGAGGAAGAGGAAGAUAAUGAUGACGACGACGAAGAUCUUGAUGACACACAAGAAGAGGAAAACGAUGAUGCAGCUGCUCGGGAAGAAGAGCCACUUAAUUCCGAGGAUGAUGUUACUGAUGACGAUCCUACCGAUCAGUUUGAAACGGAUAAUGUCGUCGUAUGCCAGUAUGAUAAGAUUACGAGGAGCAGAAACAAGUGGAAAUUCUAUUUGAAGGACGGUAUCAUGAACUUGAGUGGGAAAGACUUUGUAUUUCAAAAGGCGAAUGGCGAUGCCGAGUGGUGAAUGUUUGCUUUGUGUCGAUACUUGCAGAUGUACUUGCAAUACUUCCUUAUCGCCUGUUAUUUGAAAUCUAACAUCAGUUCAACCCAAGACUGUAUACAUCACGAGCACGGUGUUAAUUGAAAACGUGCCGUCUGUGUGAGUGUGUGUGU